AACCUAUCUCCAUGCAUCUCCGAAUUUGGCGAGUUUGCUAGGUUAUGUACGUGUUCGUUGUGACAAGAUGAGCAACGUGGACGAAACGUCAAACGAGCCGAUUCUGUACGAACUAUUGGAAUAUUUCGUUCGCAAGCAGGAACCGGAAUUGAUAAAAUGCAAGAACGAUGCGGCUAUUCUUCCAGCUACUGGCACCAUAAAAAAUGCUCUCAGGUACUUCAACAAUAGGUACUCCCUACCUGAGAGCAUCUUGCAGCAAGUCAGUCUCACGCUGCCAUGGAAAUUUGCUGUCGGCGAUCAUGGUCGAGUACUUGCUAUUUUACAAGAGAAUAUCAUUGAAAUACGGAAGGCCAAAGAUGAAUAUUCCUCCAUAGUAGGGAAGGCAUCUGCUCCAAAGGAUGCCUUUCCUCAAUGGCGUAAGCUUGCCUGGAGUCCCAAUGGAAUGAUCUUAGUAUUGGCGUCUAGUAGCGGCUAUACAUCCUUUUACAAUGCAUUGGGAAAUAAUAUAUUUAACAUAAGUCUAAAAACGAUUUCACAAAGUCCUCAUAUUCUUGAAGCUGGUGACGCUAUAGCGUCUAUGUUAUUCCUUAAGCCAAGGACAACAAAUGAAAAAUGGGCCUACGAAUUUAUUUUAAUUUCGUAUAGCGGGUUGCUGAGGUCUUAUCAUAUUUCUACAAGUGGCUACAUUGUAAAUUAUGACUUUUCUUUCGGCAAUUUUUACAAAAACGGUGUUAACGUCGUUGCGUAUGAUGAAAAACGUAGCUUAUUCUAUGUUGCUGGAAAUAUGAUAACACAAAAAUUGACGUCCACUGCAUCUGAGUUUGGAUUAACUUCGUGGCGACUCUUGAAUGAUUAUCCAUACUGCAAAUUAUCAUUUACGUUUGAAGAUUCUGCUACCAGCAAUUCGCGGUUUUCCAUAUGGAAUUUGAUUCCCAACUUUAGCUUUCAAUCAGAGUCGAUUAUAUUUUCGAUAAAAAUUUCACCAAAUGGCGAGUUUCUGGUAUGCUUGCAUACGAAUGGUUCAGUCUCGCUAUGGGGUUUGCCAAACUUAAUACUACAGAAAAAAUGGAAGUUGCCUGAGCAACCGGAAUAUAAUGUACCUAAUCCUCUGGGACAUACAAAGUCUAAAAAAUUUCCACCAGGGUUUACAGAGUUUCAUCCAAUAGAUAUCGGUUGGUGGUCUGACCAGGCUAUCAUAAUAGCUCGAUAUUCAGGUUCCACUUCGGUCUGUUCUACAUGGAACUUAAAGAAUUUGCUAGGUGUUAGUCCAGAAUUUCUAGCAGGACAACCACAAGUAUGCGAGCUUGGUUUAGAGAAAGGAUUUUUAUGUUUAGAUUGCGAAACCUUUAUUACAAGUAAAAAACGAAGUAGAGAACCCAACGACGGUCAUUUGUCAGAAGCAUCAUCUGAAAGCGAGAAGGACGAUGAUGAGUUAGAACCUCUUACUAUAUUAAAUUAUACCACGAAUUUGGUACAAAGCACAUUGUAUUCAAUAACCGAUAUUGAAAGAUUUCAACCAAAGAGAAAGAAAUUGAAAGUAUUGCAUCGAACUUAUAGAAUUUUGGGCUUGAAAAGCACGACUCCAGAAGAGCUCUAUUCUAGAAAAAUAGACAUUGAGGAAUACGAGGAAGCUUUAGCUUUAGCAAACACAUAUAAUUUGGAUACAGAUCUCGUGUAUCAAACGCAGUGGAGAAAGUCAGAAUUAUCAUUGAACGCCAUUGCAGAACAUUUAAGCAAAAUAAGCAAAAGAUCUUGGGUUUUAAAUGAAUGUGUUGUACGUGUCCCUGAUACUAUGGAAGCUGCAAGGGAACUAUUGAAUUUCGGAUUGAGAGGCGCAAAUCUAGAAACUUUAAUAGCUAUCGAUAUAUGCGACAAUGAUAAAUUUGUAACUCCUGAUAUAGACGAUUGGCAAGCACUGGAUGAAAUUACUGUAAGUUUAAGACAGGUACAGAAAGUUAAUGAAAUGCUUGAAAAAAUAGACAUAAAAAAUUUAUCUGAGGCUCAGAAAGAAUUAAUUAGGUAUCGGAGGAAGCUUCUAAAUCAUUUAGAUAAAUUGCUUACGUAUGAAAUUAUAUUAGAGUCGCCACUCAAAUAUAAAAAAGAAUUUUACGAGGAGUUUCGAAGGUUAUCACCUAUUGAAAAUGCAAUUAGAUUUGCCAAAGAUAGUGAUUGCCGAGCUGUUGAAAUUAUGUUUACUUAUUAUGGAGAAAGUUUGUUGCCUCAUUGGCUGGCAAUUAUCAGCUUUUUCCCAGAAACUUUAAAUACGUUGGAUUAUCAAAAACUGCUACCAGAAUGCGAUUCAGAAGGUCAACUAUUUUUGUUAGAUCAACGUGAAUUACGACAAAAAGAUUGGUCAGAAAAACACGAGUUUAAUGAAAUAAUAAAUCUUGAUUUAGACGAUCGAUCAGAAAUAUUGUAUGAAUUGGAUCCCUCCUUGUUAAUAUAUAGAAAUACACAACUUACACCAGAUUUAUUACAAAAAUGGUAUAAGACACGUGCUUUUGAAAUUGAAAAGAACAGUUCUUUAGUAGAUAAUGCUUUGCAAUUAGUUAAAAUCGGAAAGUCUCAUAAUAUUAAUGGCCUGGUAGAUUUGUUAUUGGAAUUGGAAACUUUAGACAAUCUCGUUUACACAGUACAUUUGGAGGAUAUGUCAUUAGAUAAAUUAGAGAAAUUGAGUAACAUGGAGAAGAUAAAACUUUUGAUGAGUACAUCAAAUGAAAUUAAUUUUGUUGAAAAUAUAAAGAACCUUUUGUUACCUUUUAUUAAACGAAGGCAUCAAUAUUUGGGUGGAGAUCUUCAGAAAUGCUUACUAAGCGAUUAUCUAAUCUGCUUAAGCAAAGAUGAUUUGACAUUUCCAGUUAAAUUUUUCAAGUAUUUAAAGCAGACGCAGGACAUUGAGAUAAUUGAAAUGAUAGAUAAUGUUGCUAGCUUAGCUUUAGAUUGUGUAUAUGCCUGUGAUGAUCCCGACAUGUAUGAAAAAGCUAAAGAUAUCUUAGAUUCGAUAUCAAAAGAUGAUGGGAAAAGGACAAAUGCAAUAUGCAUUCUAUUAGAGGAGUUUGAAGGAGAACUUGAUUGCAUUAGGCUUUUAAGUAAAUAUGGUGUAAAAACAACGUUAAAAUUUAUACGAAAGAAUAGAAACGAUCCUGAUGUUGCUAAAUCACUAUUAACCCAAAUGGCAAGAAGCUUGAAUAAAAGGUUGUGCUAAAUGUAUAAUCUAUAUAAAGAUUAAG